UAACAACUAUUUAUCUGUUAGACUACUGUAUUGUCAAACCAUGUUGCACAAAUGCAUUCAACAGACUUAUCUGAUAGUGUAUUGCUGUAGAAGACAAAACACUAGACAGAUGUUUAGAAAGAGUAUAGUUUAUUUAGUUUAACCUGCAAACUUAUCUAAACAAGAUAAACUUUCAGAAAACAGGCCGGAAACAUUAUAAUGCGCGCUCAUCAAUAUAAUCCGCGGUUGUCUUCAAUCCUCCUACUUUGCUCAACAACUCUGCAACUCUCUCAACAGCCAGACACAGUUAAAACAUUUACAGUUAUCAUGGUUUCUAUUUUAAACUAUAGUAAACUAAAGUUUGAAACUAUAGUUUAAAAUAGACGAAGAAUGGGCCUUGCUGCGCCCACCCACCAUAACCCUCGCAGCGGGGAGUCCCACUACCGGCCUCACGUGUUUCCCUGAGGGUCCUCACGGCUUGUAUUGAUCCCUGCCUAGGGUUCACAAGCCGCCUCGCGUGGCUCCACUCGUACCGUCAGGUAUUGAACUCACCUUUGUCAAGUACAAACAGCAACACCGAGCGAACUGACAACACAGAGAGAGAACCGACGAGCUUAAUAGGAAUGCAUAUGCAAAUGUUUACAAUGCCAUGUCAUUGCUGUGAGUCUCGUUGUCAUGGUGAGCGCUGAAGAGAGCACACGUGAUUGGAGCACACAGGCUCGGAAAUCUUCGUCAAGGCGAGUUGCGGUCGGCUGUGGACAAAUUCAUAUAAAAUAUACUGAAUAUUUAUUUACAUUUUUGUGCUGUGUAAUAUUCUGGGAUGCAGUAGAAUAUGGAGACAGAUGAAUAUAAUUAAAGACAGAUGCGGGACAUUAUAACAGAAAGUGAGCCCGGCUGGGACACACUACUAUGACUGACAAACUCAUAGUGGUGGUAAACUUCUUAUUAUCCAAGACCGCCAUCUAGCGGUCACAUAACCUAAUAGCAUGUUCCUUGUUACUAACCACCCCCACGGCCGAAAGGUCCAGCAUGUGACCUUUUAAUUAUUUUAUGUAAUUUAAUAUUAUAUAAUAUAUUUAUUAUAUAAGUAAUAUAAUUAUUCAUAUUCAAUGUAUAUUCCCGUCACGUCUGUGUUUUUGAGGCUGUUUGGUCACUUCAUUCGUUUUAUUCUGAUCAGAUAUCUGAUCUCUUAAACCAAUUCAGAAGGUGAUCUUGGAUGCAUUCCGCAUGAAACUGGACAGGUAUGAUCACUUUUACACAUAAAUAAUAUAAAUAAAUAAUUAUGACUUAGAGAAAUUUUGACCUGUGCCUGAAACACCUGUAAGUGCGCUUUUACAGCCAAAAUUCUAUUAAAAACAUGUUUACUAAUGUUCACCUAUUUCAGAAUACGCUGUUUUCAUUUUAUCCCACAUAGAGUGAGAGCAUUACUGUAAACAUAGGCUACUUUUCUUUUGUGUUUACAUUUGGAUUAGAUGUGGUCAACAUCAGAAAGUAACCGGUUCAUCUACGCAGGUGUUUCUCACACGCACACACACACAACGAAAGAGAGGGCACACACAGCUGGACAGAGGUUUGUUGCAAUUUAUUACACAGACUUCUACCAUUUUUAUAUGAAGUUAUUGAUACUCAUUUUAUUGAUGGCCUGCCCUAACCCUACACCUAGCCUACCCCUAUAAGCUUAACCAUCAAACCUGCUGUUUAAGUCUAUUUGUUUGCCCUUCCCUAACCAGUCAAGCGUCAUAAUCAUUUGUAUAACCUGUUUGACCGGUUUAUAUCAAAAGUGAAAGUUUCAGCAGAAUACAUUUUGUCAGACAGCUGAACGACAUCGCAAAAGCUGUUUGUGAAUAAGUAUGAGAACAUAUAAUGCUACAGAGACGGAAUGGAUUUAUGAAUUGAAUGUAUAGUUUGUAGUUGAUAAACUAUUGAACUUCAUCGUUGAGAUAGAGGAAACACUUCUGUUGAAGUGGGAGAUUAUAUAAAAUGAGUCUCUAUGAGAAAAAAGAUGAGAAACAUCCAGAACCCAGCUGUGUGUCGGUGAAGAGUGACAGAUCCAUGGAAUUUCCCCCUAAAUUCAGUGACGAAGGAGUGGCAUCUGACCAUGAUAUUAGCUGUCUCUGUGAGAAGGGAGGGGAGGAUGGUGUUCAGACACAUAAAACAGCAUCUCCAGAGCCCAGUUGUGUGUCUGUGAAGAGUGACAGAUCCAUGGAAUUUCCACCUAAAUUCAGUGAUAAAGCAAUGACCUCUGACCAUGAAGUAAUGAAUGAUAAAGCAAUCAUAUCGGUGAAACCCCGUCUGACCUGCAUUGAUUUUCAAACCCUCAACAGACAAAGAGUCAAAGACCAACACAAAACUAGCAUGAAAGACAAGUGUGAGAGAUUAUUUGAGGGAAUUAAACUAGAAGAGAACCAAACCCUCCUGAACAGGAUCUACACACAGCUCUACAUCAUAGAGGGAGAGAGUGAAGGAGUGAAUGAAGAACAUGAGGUUUUACAGAUGGAGAAAACAGCCAGAACACAAGACACUCCAAUCUACUGCAAUGACAUAUUUAAACCCUUACAAGAACCAGAACAUGAGGAGAAAGACCAGAUCAAGACUGUUCUCACUAAAGGCAUCGCUGGAAUUGGAAAAACCGUCUCUGUGCAGAAGUUCAUUCUAGACUGGAGUGAAGGAAAAGCCAAUCAGGAUGUAGAUUUCAUGUUUGUGCUUCCAUUUCGAGAGCUGAACUUGAUUAAAGAUCAUCAGUACAGUCUUCACACACUUCUGCUGGACUUUCAUCCUGAACUUCAAGAUCUGGACUCAGAGAUGUAUGAGGAGUGUAAAGUCGUGUUCAUCUUUGAUGGUCUGGAUGAAAGCAGAAUCCCACUGAAGUUUUCAGACAGACGGAAAGUUAGUGAUGUGAAUGAGUCUUCAUCAGUGGCUGUGUUGAUGUCAAACCUUAUCAGAGGAGAUCUGCUUCCCUCUGCUCACAUCUGGAUCACCUCCAGACCAGCAGCAGCCAAUCAGAUCCCCUCAAAAUACAUCAACCGUCUGACAGAAAUUCUGGGAUACAAUGAUUCUCAGAAGGAGGAAUAUUUCAGGAAGAAAAUCAGCGAUGAGCAUCAAGCCAGCAGAAUCAUCUCCCACAUCAGAAGAUCCAGAAGCCUCCACAUCAUGUGUCACAUACCCGUCUUCUGCUGGAUCUCAGCCACUGUGCUUCAGAAGCUCCUGAAUGAAGAUGACAGAGCAGAAAUCCCUCAAACUCUGACUGAAAUGUACAUCCACUUCCUGCUGACUCAGAUCAACAUGAGGAACCAGAAGUAUGAAGAGAGAGAUCCAGAGAAUCUCCUGGAGUCCAGCAGAGAGAUGAUCGUGAAACUCGCUGAACUGGCUUUCAAACAGCUGAUGAAGGGCAAUGUGAUGUUCUAUGAAGAGGACCUGAUUGAGAGCGGCAUAGAUGUCACCAGUGCUGCAGUGUAUUCUGGGAUUUGCACUGAGAUCUUUAAGGAGCAAUCUGUGAUUCAUCAGAGGAAAGUCUACAGCUUCAUUCAUCUGAGCUUUCAGGAGUUUCUCGCUGCUUUCUUUGUGUUUUACUCAUAUGAAGUCAAGAAUAAAGAGUCACUGAAGUUAUAUCUGAAGGGAUAUAAAUGGUACAGCCGAGAAAUCUCUCUGUUUGAUCUACUUGAAGGCUCCAUUGAAAAAUCAUUGCAGAGUGAAAAUGGACAUCUGGAUCUUUUCCUGCGGUUUCUGCUGGGAAUCUCACAGGACUUUAUUCAGAAGCUCUUGCAGGAUCUAUUGACACACACAGAGAACAGUUCAGAAAGCAUUAGAAGAAUCACACGGUACAUUAAAGAUAAAAUCAAAGGUGAUGAACAUCUCUCAGCUGACAGAUGCGUCAAUCUGUUCCUCUGUCUGCUGGAAAUAAAUGAUCAGACUCUGUACAGAGAGAUUCAGAAGUUUGUGAAAUCACAGAAUUGCUUAGUGGAGAAGCUUUCUCCGUCUCACUGUUCAGCAAUCUCCUACAUGCUUCAGAUAUCUGAGGUGGUGCUGGAUGAGUUUGAUCUGAAGAAAUACAACACAUCAGAUGAGGGUAGAAGGAGACUGUUACCAGCUGUGGUGAACUGCAGAAAAGCUCAACUUGCUCGCUGCAAUCUGACUGAUCAGUGCUGUAAUAGUUUGUUUUUAUCUCUACAAUCAUCAAACUCACUGAGAGAGCUGGACCUGAGUCACAAUGACCUGCAAGACUCAGGAGUGAAGCUGCUCUCUGAUGGACUGAAGAGUUCACAAUGUCAACUGGAGAUACUGAGAUUAUCUGGCUGUAUGGUGACAGAGAAAGGCUGUUGUUUUCUGGCUUCAGCUCUGAGAUUAAACCCCUCACACCUGAGAGAGCUGGAUCUGAGCUACAAUAAACCAGGACAAUCAUUAGUGGAGCUAAUCUCUGAUAAAAACUACAGACUGGACAAGCUCAACAUGGAUAAUGCAGCAGCAUGCAGGAUUACAACAGGACUACAGAAAUAUGCAAGCCAGCUCACACUGGAUGUAAACACAGCACACACUUAUCUCAUUCUGUCUAAUCGGGAAAGAAUGGCAACACUUGUGACAAUGAAGCAGUUGUAUCCUGAUCAUCCAGAGAGAUUUGAUGAGAGUCAUCAGGUUCUGUGUAAAGAGAGUCUGACUGGACACUGUUACUGGGAGGCUGAAUGGAGCGGGGACGAAGGAGUUAAUAUGUCAGUGGCAUAUAAAGGAAUCAGCAGGAAAGGAGGGGGUGAAGAAUCUUGGUUUGGAUAUAAUAAAAGGUCAUGGAGUCUGAUCUGUUUCAAGAACAGAUUGAUUGCCAAGCACAAUAAUAAGAUCACAUUUAUAGAUGUCCCUUCAUGUCCAUUUAGUAGAGUAGGAGUGUAUCUGGAUUGGCCUGCUGGCACUCUGUCCUUUUACAGCGUCUCUGACACAAACACACUCACACACUUACACACAUUUAACACCACAUUCACCGAGCCACUCUAUGCUGGAUUCGGGCUUUAUUUUGGUAGUUCAGUGUCUUUGUGGGAGAUUAAACAACACAGAUGAGUUAUAGAAACACACACAAAUAAUGUCUGUCUUUAAAUCAGUUAAUUUUAGCAUGUAUAUACUGAUUUUAAUGCAUUAAUUUAUAUUUACUAAUGAGACUUUAGUCUUACCUAUUGUAUUUUACCCUUCGUUUCUAUUUAUUUUGUUCAAAGCAUUUAUUUAUUAUGAGUAUAUACAGUUGAAGUUAGAAUUAUUAGCCCCCCUGA